AAUAUAAGGUGAGAGGUGGUCAUUUACACAUCAUUUACACAACCAGAACAUCACUCCUCGGGUCAGCCACCUAACCAUCCAACUCCCAAAAUCAUGGAAUCUGCCAUUAACGUGCUCGUUUCCCAGUUCAAGACUUAUGCCGGGAAGGAUGGCUCUGCAAACACUUUGAGCAAGGAAGAGUUUCAGAGCUUGGUCACAUCCCAGUUACCCAACUUAGUAAAGAAUGCCUCUGACCCAGCCACCAUUGAUCAGCUCAUGAGUUCAUUGGAUGCGAAUAACGACGGAGAGCUGACCUUCCUGGAGUUCUGGCAGCUUAUUGGCAAUGUGGCAAACCAACAUGGCGGCUUUUAGCCAGUGAAGAAAUGUUUCUGAAUGUCAUCCAAAGAAUGAAGACAAUCACUUAAAUUUUACCUUGUGACUUUCUGAUGUAAUUAUAACAUAGGCAGCAGUGCUGUUGCACAGUUAAUGAUUGUCCCAGGUGACGGCAAAUAAAAGAAAGCUUUGUUUUAUUCCCAA